UGAGGGCGCAGUGUUGCCUAAACGGUUUGUGAAAUUCGCUCAUGUCGCUAGCAAGAUUCAUUAUUUUUCUCUUGUUUGGGCCAUCGAAAACUUGAAAGGCCAUGGCUGAAGUUCUCGAAGUUCCAACGGCGGUUGAACCCACCAAGGAUAUUGGAAGUAAGACUGAGGAGACGGAAUCACAAAACACCUCCCAGCAAGACAGUAUAUCAGACAGCAUUGUUGCCAAGCACUACAACGAACGGCAAGAUGUGGGCCUGACCGAGCGCACCAAGAGUCGCAUCUUCUUCCUGCGCAACUUCAACAAUUGGAUCAAGAGCAUCUGCAUCGCCGACACCCUGCAGCGCCUGAGGGACAGUGACCCCACGGCCAGGCUGACCGUACUGGACCUGUGCUGCGGGAAAGGCGGCGAUCUGCUGAAAUGGAAGAAAGGACAAAUCUCCAGACUAGUGUGCUCUGAUAUAGCGGAGGUGUCUCUGCAGCAGUGUGAAGAGAGAUUUAAGGAGUUGGGGAACCGAUCUAACAAUCCAUACGACAGAGGCACCUUCACUGCAGAGUUCUACAGUGCCGAUUUAUCCAAGGAACUUUUGAGUGAGAAGUACGAGGACCCCAGCAUCCAGUUUGACCUUGCCAGCUGCCAGUUCUCCUUCCAUUAUUCCUUUGAGAGCCACGCCCAGGCCGAGACCAUGCUCCGUAACGCCUGCGAGCAACUGCGGCCGGGCGGUUACUUCAUCGGGACGGUACCCAACGGCUGCGAGCUUGUACGGAGGUUAAAGACUUCAGAGGGCACCCAGUUUGGCAACGACGUCUACACUGUCAACUUCCACAGUAAAGACGAGUUUCCCUUGUUCGGCUGCAGAUAUGACUUCCACCUUGAAGGUGUCGUCGACUGCCCAGAAUUUCUUCUCUACUUCCCCUUGCUGGAAGAGAUGGCGAAAAAGUACCAGAUGGAGAUAGUGUACUGCAAGACAUUUCAUGAGUUCUUCGACGAGCAUUCAAAAGACCCGGAGAACAAUCGCCUCUUCGGCAAAAUGAAAUCCCUUGAGCAAUAUCCACCUGAUCGGAACACCACAGCAAGCAGUACAACUGAGGGAGAUUAUUCACAUGCUGAGGAGCGCCUCAACCAGCUGAAAGAACGGACAGACAGAUUCAUCAAACUGGGAACGCUGUCAAAGUCAGAGUGGGAAGCCACCAGCCUAUACCUUGUGUUUGCUUUCAGAAAAGAGACACAUUCACAGCCACAGACUGCAGCAACAUAACCAUGACAGUAAUUGCAGAUGAAUACAUGAGUCAUUCAUAAAUAAUGGGAUUAUCCUGAUAUUUUUGUAACUGGCUCAGUCACAAGAUGGAAAAUAUCCACCAUUGCUCCAUUUGUACUCCUUGCUUUUCUUUAAUGUAUUAUGUUUGUGCUUACCUCAAAACCUAAGUCUUGGGCAUUUUGUCAAGAAUUUCUAAAGGUAAUAGACAUUAUUUGCAAACAUCAAAAACAGAACUACAAAAUUAUUAUUAAAUACCUUACUUGACUGUAAGUGAACAAUAGUCUCAAGUAUCCUGUGAAA